GUGAAGGUCUGGGGCAAAUCAAUAUUUUCCUCCGUCCCUCAUCCCUUAAUGGUAUAGUCCGUCAGAUCCACUUGCUCCUUAUACUCUUCCGCCAUUGCAUGAACUCUCCUCUGAAGCAUGGCGUUUUCCAUUACACUUUAACAGUGCUAUUUCAUCACAACAUUGGGUCUUCGAUUCUGAUUGAUUAUGAAGCUAAUACGGUGGGUAGAAGUCCACAUUGGACGUUCUCGAAGAAAAAACAAAAAAGAGAAAGAAAAUCUCACUGGACCUGACAUUACUCGGAGAAAAGAUGAGAGCACUCCUAACACUCCACUUCACAAAAUCGAACCUAUCGGUAAAGAUCUUCCCCGAUCUGCUGGAAGCACUCCUCACCACAGACUUAAGCAUCCUCCAUCUCCUCAUCCUUUCCUUAGAGCUCCAGAGACCCCCAGCAGUGUUGGGGGUCGACUCCAUAUUCGAACUAGCUUUCUGGAUCCAGGAUUGACACCACCUUUAUCUUCUGUACCACAACAAGCUUUGGGUUUUGGUUCAUCUACAACACUUGAUACCAGUUCACCUCGGGUACGUUGUAGAAUUCGAACCAACCCUUGGUUGCCCUCACCCAAAAAUUCUGCCAAUCUUGAUAAUGGAUGGAAUGGUCCGGGUGGUAUACGAUGCUCAUCUAUAGGAUCCGAAAGUUCAGAAUCCAUACCUGGCAGUGGAUUCGGAAGCCAAUCCAGUGGUAGCUUAUGGGAAGGUUAUGCGGGAGAUCCAUGGAGUGGCUUCCGUAUCAAUGGCCGGAGUCCGUCUUCCAAACGCUUGCCUCGCGUCAUCUUGGAGCGAUCCGCGGCGCACAGUCGUCGCACUACUGCCGUUCUGGACGAUGAGGAUACGCCUUAUUGUCCGGCCACUUACUGCCGUCCGAUUCCACGCAGCGCCUGGAUAGAUUUCCGAGAGCUUAAUGCCCAAAAAACAACUCUCGAAGAUGAGGGAGAAAGUAGUGAUGAAGCUUAUUCCGAGGAUUAUGUUCAUAUUGAAGAACCAGAAGAUGAUCUCGAAAUAUUACGUUCUCCAAAAAGUCCUCCUCCAGAUACAGGAAGUCCACAAGCUGACAGUGCUUGUGGCAGUGACAGAGACAACAGUAGUUGCAGUACUACCCCUCUUUCAGAAACCCCAGCUGAAACAUCCAACAAGACCUCUUUUGCUAAGUCAACUACAGAAAUGUUACAAGACAAAGUCCAGAGGUUAAGACGAGCUCGACACUUGGUUGACGAAAGAAUGAAAGAAGCGAGAGUGGAAGAAAUAAUACGUCGUGAAGAGCAACUUAUACUACAAAGAGAACUCGUACAAUUCAGAAGACUUUUAUUGCUGCAAACCUUGUCAGAGCUCCGAAGCCAACUUGAAAGAAGACAGGGUGAUUUUAUGAGAAACAACCCAGAAGAAGAAGAAGAGGCGCGUCCUCCAGAUGAAGAAGACGAGCACUGGCUUCAAGUUCAGACUGAGCUUCUUGGAUAAAAACAAGCUUUUCUUUUCAAAAUAUUUCAGAUGUUUACGGCACAUUCCAUAAAACAUUUUCUAAUAUUUAAAGUACAUUUUCACUACAUUUGCUCAAUUAUUGUUUAUUACUCAGUUUUGUGUUUUUCCUUCGAAAAAUGCUAGUGCUGAAUUGCGAACCCGCAAACCAAGGCAUGAUGAAAUCAAAACGAUAAAAGAACAUCUAAUAUUUAGAUGACACGCUCUGCAGAUUUCUGCAAUUUUUUUUAAAUGAUUUCAAAAAUUUAGUAUGCCAUAGCCAUAUUGGAUCAGCACUUAAACUUAUUUUUAAAGCUAUUUUUAUUAUAAAGCUUAAAUAAUUUUUUAAACUCUUAAGAACAUUGAAAUAUAAAUUAAUAAUAAUUCCAUAAAUUAUAAAAUAAAGACAAUGUUACGCGUAACUUAAUGAAGCUUAUCUUUUGAAACUGAGUCUAAAAAUUACUCCAGUUUCUAUUUUUUAUGCUAUCAGCUUUUAAAUACUAAGAAUUUAUGUGAAAUAUCUUGCACAAAAAUCAGAAAAUUUCAAAUGUUAUUGAGGCAAGAGCUAUAAGUAGCGAGUUUUUAAUUUGAAAAAAUUAAUUGCACUUCUUUAUAAAAGAAAUUUGUUUAAAGCAUUAUGUUCCAUAUAUUUUUACAUGAAUUAUUAUUUCAACCUGUUAUUUAAAAAGCGUUUACUAAAAAUAUAUUAUUUUAAAUCAAUAUCUUUAGUUAGAAUUGAUGAACUGUAAAGAGAACUGGGCUUCCAACAUAAUAUUAUUUUUCAUUUUUUAAAAAAAAAAAUUCAAUGUGAAUAUUCAUCAGUUCUAAUUGGUAUAUGUUAGCUGUCUAAGAGUUAAACAGUAGCAUUGACUUAAAUUUUUC